CUUGUUAAGCUAGCCUAUAAGUUAAAGUGGGUCUUUCACAUUUCUAGUUUUCUGCUUCAUUCAAUAUUAAUGAAAUAUCUAGUGUUUAAACUUUGCAUAUAAUGAUUACAUUAGUGGACAGUAGUACAAGAUAAGCAAAAUGAAACAAGCAAAAGUCGUGUACAUAUUUCUUACUCUAUUAGUCUUCUCUGAAGCUAGAUAUACUUAUAAUCAAGUGUUCAAACAAUCAAACGUAAGUAUCAUUAAAUCCACUCUACGCAAAGGUUGGUAUAAUAUCAGAGACACUCUUCAUCAUUACAAGUCGCAGUUGUCUGAGCUUGAACUAGCUGUUUUAGCCAUGCUGUUAGGGAACUCUUAUUUGUUGACUUCUUCAAAUGUACAAGACGAUGUGGAUACAAAACAAAAUGUCACAACUAACGAUGUGAGAAAUGGGCAGAAUUUAGAGUGCAGUCUUAAAGAAGUCGAUAAACUGUCACAAUUAAACUGUACUCCAAGAGAAGAGAAUCAAUCAAAUUGUGCUCGAGAUAUUCAACGUUUGUUUUCGAACAUUUCAGAUAACAUUUGGACCUUACAGUUCUUGGACUCAUGGGGUAAACCUAGCCCAUCUAUUUUGCAAGAGAGUUUGCAUUUCGUAGGCAACUACAAGCAGUGCAGGAAGGCCAAGGCUCCGUCAGGGAAUGACAAACGUGACAGUAUUUUCAAUGGAAAGUACUGUUUAUUAACUAUUUCCUCAAAGAACUUAAAGAAAAAAAUAAAUGCAAACUUAGAGCCAGUUUUACUGCGGAUGGGAUCUUGUUUACCAGACAGUUGUUCUGAGUAUGAGAUAACAAAGAUGCUCCAGCAGGUGCUGAUUGAGCUCGAAAUUUCGUCCAAUUUAACAGUGGAGCCUACUGAAUGUAGAACAGAAACAAGGGAGACAACCAAAGCAACAAUAGCAGCAAUAAUGAUAUUUUCACUCAUUUUAGCAAUGAUCUUUUGUGGAACUUGUCUGGAUAUUUUAAUCAACUUGUGUCCACAAUUAAUAUGCAAGAGUUAUCCAAACCACGAUGAAGAGUUAAAAAUGAAGAACAAUUUCAAGAAUAGAGAUAUACAUAAGACGAAGAAUUCUUUAACCAAAUCUAAGACAUAUGAACAAGGAACAGGUGUUCAGAUUUUAUUGGCAUUUUCUUUGUAUACCAACGUUCCAAAGCUUUUAAGAAGCGUGUCCAGCAAGGAAUCACUGCCAGCCAUUCACGGCAUCCGCUGUUUUAGUACAAUGCUAAUUGUAUUGGUUCAUGUUGUGAUAUUAGGGGCACCCUAUUUCAUUAAUGAGCCUGACCCAUCACAGCUAACUACUGUAGAAACUGUAUUCUAUGCUUUAUGUAUCUUAGCUGUUGAUACUUUCUUUAUCAUAAGUGGUCUUCUUGUCGCCUACUCGACUCUCAAAAAAAUGUCUACAAAAAGUUGGAAGAUCUCAUGGGGAAGUUUUUAUUUCCAUAGAUUCUGGAGGUUGACGCCUCCAUAUAUGUUAAGUUUUCUAUUCUUUUUGGGACUCCAGAGGUUCAUGGGGUUCGGCGCUUUGUGGGCCACAGUCCAACCAGCAGACAAACCACUUUGUGAAGAACGUUGGUGGACCAACUUACUUUACGUUAAUAACUUUAAACCUUUUGAUCAACAGUGCAUGUCAUUCACCUGGUAUCUUGCUGCUGACAUGCAGUUCCAUAUAAUCUCACCACUGAUGAUUAUUCCCUUCUACUUCCACGUAUAUGCUGGAGUCAUUACUUGUUGUAUCUUUCUGCUGGCUCAGUGGCUCAUCACGGCUUAUUUAUCGAUACAAAACGAUUGGUAUACUACUAGUAAGUUACAAAACAUGAAUAGUCCACUAGACUACGAGACCUACUAUUAUAUGGCACCUUAUUGCCGACUAGGACCAUUCGUAACUGGAAUAUUAGCGGGUUAUAUCCUUUCCUCAAAUAAUGGACGCGUUUCUAUGAACAAGCUAACUCUAGUUUUCGGAUGGUUAUUCUGUUGUGUAUUCAGUGUAGCAGUUGUUUAUUUUGAAAGCAACUUGAAAGAAGAGAACCUGAUUGGUGUCUAUCCUGCUGCAAUCCACAACGCUGUCUCUAGGUCUGCCUGGGGCUUGUGUAUGUCAUGGAUUAUAGUAGUUUGUUCUUCUGGAUAUGGAGGGCCCUUGAAUUCCUUGCUUUCCUGGUCGCCUUUUACUGUAAUGAGUCGUUUGUCGUACAUGGUCUAUCUCCUACAUUCUAAUGUUGCAUCCAUUUUCUUCGGUAACUUGGACAACGUUCUAACAUUUAGCAGCUUGAUUUUUUGGAUGAUUUAUUCCUGCCUCUUGAUGGUCACUUGCAUUGUUUCAUUUAUUUUUGUACUUGUGAUUGAAUCUCCAAUGUCUGAGCUAGAGACUAUACUGUUUAAGCACCAGAAGAAAUAUUGAUUCAAUACAAUAUAUAUUUUAUUCUCUCUAUCAUCGUAUAUA